CUCCGAGGCUGGAAAUAUUUACUAUAGUGACGACGGAGGUGUUUUCAUGCUCUGCUGCACAGUCAGGAGAUUUUCCUACGAAGAGUGGAGCGCAUUACGCACAGCCAAGACGCACAGUCGUUCCUGUGGAGAUGUCACCUGUAAAGUCGAUGUGGAUACAAUAAUAUUUAUGCAAAAACCGGAGUUUUGACUUGUCCCAGAGGCUAUAAAGAGGAAAGCUGACCAUCUUUUCCAAAAACUUGCAUCUUGUCUGUUAUGUCUGUGUCCUCUCUGCCGGAAUGGAAGCAACUCCUGCUGGAGAAAAAGAGGAGAGAGGAGGAGGAGCGAGAGAGGAGAGAAAAAGAGGAGGAGGAGAAGCUUGCCAGCAUGCCCGCCUGGAAGCGAGGGAUCAUCCAGCGGAGGAAGGCAAAGCAGGAGAGUUUUGGUGACAGAGAGAAGGAGAAAGAUGUCUGUCUCCUGCCGGUGGAUGUCAGAUCUCCCUCUGAUGCCCUGAGUGACACAGACAGCUCUAUAACGGUCAAUUUGGGAAGCGAACCGUCACUCAGUCCAGAUCCAGGGCUAUGGCUCGAUGCAGAACCUAAACUAGCGAGUCAGGUGUCUGUGGAGACUUUAGUUCCAUUCCAUGAAAACCCAUUUAUCCGCAUACAAAGUGUGUGGAGGAAGGGUAAAGAUGCUGACGUGGGUUAUCAGGAGAGAGGGAAUGAGGUGGAUGUAAAGGAAAAAGAGAAAGACAAACCAAACCCCAGGGGUCAAGAUGGGGAGUCUGGAAGAGGAAGAGACAUAGAGCUGAAAAUAGAGAGGUUUAGAGAUUUGAGUGAAGGGCGAGAGAGGAGCAGAGACAGGAGUCAAGGAAGAGACAGAGAGAAUAACAAGGAGGCUUGGGAAAAAGAAAAAGGCCCAUGGAAAGAGUCGGUUAAAGAUGCAGCCAAGGAGAGGGAAUUCCUGAAAGUAAGAAAAGACGAAGAGGAAAAAGAAACAGAGCCACCUAGGCCAUUCUCUCCCAUUGUCCCUUGUCUUCGAACCAUCCGGGCCGACAAUAUCAUCAUCAUCGAACAGGACAGGAAAGGCAGCGAUGAGAGAAGGGGUAGAUGGAGGGAGGCGGAGAGGGAGAGACCUGAGGAAGACCUACAGGAGAAGAGAGGGAUGAAGAUGGACCUGAGGGAGAUCCUGGCCGGAGGAGGGAGUGUCACAGAGAUCCGAGCCUCUGAGGUUCUGAUCAUAAAGCCCUCGGCAAGCUCUGAAGAGAGGAAUCCAGGA